UGAGCUAAAGGCUACGCUAGGCUACAAAGUAACGAUAAACUAUCAGUGGUCAUGCGUGAAGUGCAACAUAAUGGCAAGUUAGGACUGAAUGGCGUGCUUCUUAUCUGGAGUACAAAUCUGUGGUGACCCUAAAGACUGGAAAAGUGGAACAAUCGCAAAAAGGAAGAGAGAGAGAGAGCUGGAGAAGCUAGCAGCACGUUUCGGGUGUAAUUUUGCUCUUACGCCGGUAGUCGGGGCCUCGGGAAAUGAUGGCUUUAGUGUGGAAAUGAACCAACUUUACAACUGAAGACGAAUUAUCAUUAUGCGAGCGAGUGAGAAGUUUAUCGUCUGAAGGACGCGUCAGAGGGAACCGAGUGGAUAUGGGAUUAUCUUUGGCAGAAAACUUGAUUUCUUCCGUUUGGAAAUAAUGGACGCUUAUUCAGAAGAAGAAGGAGAAAAAAAACGGUUGCAGUUUUGAAAGAAGCUCUCCCUCGCGCGCAGUGUUUCUGUUUCCCAACUGAAGCGCAGCCGCACCCUCUGACGAAUUAGCCGACAGGCUAGCUACAGGUUUCCCCCCCCCCACACACAAAACUCGCCUUUCUUGGAUAAAUACAGCUUCAUUUUGAAAGGAAACGCAUUCAUUUCGAAGGAAACCGGCUGUUAUCCCUCAACGCCUUGUUUCCCAUUUGAAGUAAAGCCGCACCCUCUAGUUUGCUUCCUCAUACAGACGAAGAGACCCCACACAUGUAUAUAAAGCUGGAAUAAACCUCGUUUUGCUUCUCCUCAAACACCACUGGAUGGUGAUGUGUUUUAAAAACAACGAGAUUUCUUUUCUUUCUUUUUUUUUUUAGUUUAAAACAGAUAUAAAUAAGAUGCCUAACAGCAGGAAAGCCCAGCAGCAUGUGUGCCGGAUGGUACCGUGGUUCCCAUGCUUUUUGCUGAGGAAGGUGCAUGGGAAAUAGACAGUAAUGCAUAAGGGACCCGGGCUUCAGAAAGAACUGGCCAACAUCACUGGGUUACGAGCAAAAAGGUAGAGGCUAAAAGCCGAGGAAAAGAGGCAGAGCCUGGUCUUGUGGAGGUUGAGAGUCCAGCCUGGUGCUUUUUUGGAGUCGUUUAUACAGUAGGUGUUGUGGGAUGAUGGUGCUGAAGGUGGAGGAUCAUUACAGAGGGCUUGAUUCAAACUGCUGCUGUGUUACAGCCAUGACCCUCAGAGGCACUUUCCACUGGAGGAUCAAAAUGAACAAUGGUUCAUCUGGUUUUAGUCAUUUGGUGGAUUUCAUUUGGCCUCCUGCAACCACGAGAAGGGCAAGGACCUAUAAACGCCCGUCUGCUUGACCAUGAAUUAACAAAAAAACCGACACAACUGUGGCAAUAGAUUCUACACACUCGCAGAUUGAGUAUAGAAAGUGUUUUCGAUUGAUUAGGUGUAUGUGUUAGUUUUUGGUUGCCUGAAAUCAGCUGGCACUUUGCCUUGAUUUUUGAUCUCUUGUAUGGCACUGCAGCAAGUGUAUGUUUAUUUUAUAUGUUUUUGUUAUUUUUUUCGUGUGUUUGUGUGUGUAUAAAUAUAUGUGCGUUGUUGGACCUAGAUAGAUGACAAGACAACCUGUGAAACUGUUCCAAUAUACCCAUGAUGUGAUUUUGUGUAAUGUGCACAAUUAAGGUCAAAUUGCCUAAACAUUUAGGAGUUCAGCAUUGUUAUAUUGAAGGGAUUUUAAAUGUAGCGUAGAUUUUGACCUCAUUGACCCCCCCCCCCUUUUUUUAAAUAUAUAUUGCAGGUAUGCCAGACCAUGAUUUCCCUGAGUGAAGUUGCAUUAUCCACUAUUUUUGUUUCAGAUUUUGCGAUUGUUUACUAAAAUAAUUUGAUGUUCACAUAGUAAACAGUGGAUGGUAGUAUAUUUUCUGAAGGACAACACUUUUUGGCCAGUUUCUCAGAGAAGGCAUGGUAUUAUUUCUGAAGACAUUGUCAUAUAAGUUAUGAGUUUGUACUGUGGAAUGUGUGGUGUAAUCUAUAUUUUGUACAAAAAAGAAAAUCCAGAAUAUUAGCUUGACCACCAUACUAUGGCUAGUAGUGGCUCGGGAAAGUCAGACAGCGAGGUUCCAACGUCCAACAUCCCGAGUGGCAGCUUGCAGCAGCGGAAAAGACUCUCAUCUGUUUGUGACACAUGCAAAAGCAAGAUGCAGCUGGUGGCGGAUUUGCUUCUGCUGUCCAGCGAGACGAGGCCGGUGAUGACGGCGGACGGGGUGCCAGUGGCAGAGACUUUUGAGAAGUGUCGGGACACAGUGAUCGCUAGGACGAAGGAAUUGUCCAUCAUCACUCACGACAUUCAGAGCCAGCUUAACAUGGGGAAGUUUGUGGAGGUCGGGGAGCGGUUAGUGGAAAUGGGCAAUCUGGUUGUGUCUCUGACAGAAUUUUCAGCUCAUGCCGCAUACCUGGCGGCGGUGGAGGCACCGGGUUCCCAUGCCGCCGUUCCUGGAUUGGUAGAUCGUUACAAAGUGACGCGAUGCCGUCAUGAGGUGGAUCAAACUUGCUCUGUCUUGCGCGUAACCUCACUUUCUGAUUUGACUCCCCAACUCCUUCUGGAAGUUUCCCAAAACAUCCGGAGGAACCUGACCACUCUCACAGAGGCGUCAUCUCUGGCUAGUGAGAAAUCCAAGGACAGGUUUGCCAAAGAGCAGUUCAAAGCCAGUGUAAAAUGCAUGAGCACGAGCGCCACUGCGCUUCUUGCCUGUGUCAAGGAGGUAAAGACGAGCCCGAGCGAGCUGACGCGUAACCGAUGUGUGCUUUUCAGUGGGCCGCUGGUUCAGGCCGUCAAUGCACUGGUGGGAUUCGCCACUGAGCCCCAAUUCCUGGGAAAACCGGCUAACUUAAGCGCGGAUGGCAAAGCGGUGCAGACGGCUGUACUGGGAGGCGCAAUGAGCGUAGUUUCGGCUUGCGUUCUCCUCAUGCAGGGUCUCCGGGACAUAUCCCAGCAUGCCGAGAACAGUGCCCAGAUGCCUAUAUACCGUGAAAGGCUGCGCCAAUCAGCUUGCGCUGUCUCUGAUGGAUGCACAUUGCUCUCACAGGCGCUCAGGGAACGAUCCUCGCCCAGGACUCUACCACCGGUCAACUCGCAUUCUGUGAAUUAAAACAAAGCCCAUUACAGUUUUUUUUUUUUUUUUUUUUUUUUCCCCCAAUGUACCAAAGAGACUAAUAUGCUUUAACCCCAUGUUGUGUGAUCCUAUUGAGUGAAUGUAGUGAAUUUGUACACAUUUGUCUGUUCAACUAUUCCUGUGCAACCAAGGUGGCAGUUUUUUUUUUUUUUGCACUGGAUGUAAUAAAAAAAAAAACCUAGCUGAAACUGACAUCACAACAUAUUUCUAACUUGUGUU